ACUCUUUGACAAAAGCAAAAUAUAUACAAUUCUAUCGACUUAAUCAUGCCGAUCUAUUUGUCUUCAUCUGAUUAUAAUAGCGAUGGAAGGCCACGUGGAAAACCCUUUGGUCGUCAAAAGUCCGUUCAUCAAAUUCUUGGAGGAGGAAGUGUUGCAAAUUUGCUGUUAUGGAGAAACACUAAGUUAUCUAACAGUGUUCUAAUCGGAGUAAUUAUUAUAUGGUUUCUCUUUGAAAUUAUUGAGUAUAAUCUCGUGACAUUUUUAUGUCACGUUAUCAUCACUAAGAUGAUUAUUAUUUUCUUUUGGUGCAUGGGAGCUGAUAUUUUUAGAUGGCCUCCCCCUGAAAUUCCUAAAAUCGUUCUACAAGAAUCCACCGCCCAACAAUUGGCCUCACUCAUUCACAAAAAGUUUAAACUCUUUUUAUCAAUCUUCUUCAAUGUGGCAUGCGGAAACAACGCCAAAAUCUUCGUUUUGGCUAUUGUUACACUAUGGAUAUUGUCGGUAAUUGGAAAUUCCAUAAGCACAUUAAACCUUCUCUUCUUGGGUUAUCUCGGUCUGCAAACUUUACCAUACUUGUACGAGCAAUACGAAGAAGAAGUUGAUGAAAUUCUCAACAAAAUGAGUUAUGGCAUGAGGAAAUCAUUCAAGAGAUUUGAUUCAAAUGUUCUUGACAGAAUCCCAAGAGGACCUGUUAAAGAAAAGAGAGUCAAAUAAAUAGAAAACAUGUUAAAUUGUAUAAGCUUAUAAUGAGAAAUGUAAAAGUAUAAUCACAAAUUGAAACUGCAAAUUACCCAUUGUUAUACUUAUAAUUAGAAUGUGUUGAAUAAACCAAUGCUCUUAAUUGUU